AGGUCAUUUGACUUUGGUGUCUGCUGUUUACUCUUACCGGUUAACUCUUUCAAAGGAAAAUUAGAUCUCUGCAGAUAUAUACUACACGGAUUAACACGUGUACAGGCCACAAGAGCCCACUUGCUUUAUUAUCUGACUCUACUGGCUAUUGGAACAUUUGGCGUUCGUGGUGUCUGUUAUGAACCAAAGUCAUGAGAAGGUUUAUGGACUUAGUUUCCCUACUCGGCAGCGGAAAAACGAACAGAAGCUAUCAGUUAGUUCAGUUUUCAAUCAGGAAUCAGAUGAAGAAGAAGAAAGAGAAUUUAAACGAGCUGAUUAUUCCCGGUCAACUACAAUUGCUCAGAGUAAAAUCAAUCGCAAGACAAAAUCAGAUCUAGAAAAAGCUUUUGAGGAGGACCCUUCGAUUUUUCAAUAUGAUGAGGUUUUAGACGAAAUUCAUGAUAAAAAGUCAAAGGAUGUUUCAGAGACAACUGUCAGAAAGUCUAAAUAUGUAGGCAAGCUGAUAAAAGCUUCAAAUGAACGUAAGCUUGAAAGGGAGCUCUGUGCUGAACGGAAGGCUCAGAAGGAUAUUGAGAAAGAAGCUGAUUUAUAUGGUGAUAAGGAGUCUUUCGUUACUUCAGCGUAUAGAGAAAAACUAACUGAGCUUCGUGCACUUGUUACAAAGCAUGUCGAGGAGGAACAAUUGGAAAGUGUUAUGGAUAUUCGUAAACAAGACGGCCUAGGAGGGUUUUAUCGUUAUAUGUAUGAUUCUCAAGGCAAAGACAAUGAAUCGGAUCCAGCUACAGAAAGCUCUAAUAAACAACAGUCAACUUCAGAGAAACAAAAGCCUUCAGAAACAGAUCGUAAAUCUUCACACGUGGACAAGCGUUCAACGAAGAAGUCUUCAGAAGAGAGUGCUGAUAAUCACGACACUAAUACAGACACCCAACGGAAUAUGAGUGACAACAGCCAGAGCAGUAGUCGUAGCAGUGGUAAAAACAGAGAUUCGUCACCUUCAGUGCAAAAAACUGCAUCAGAUCGUGAAAGAUUGGCAUCCAGUGCACCAACAGCGGAUGAUUCUACUCAGUCGAAGAAUGUUGAAUCAAGAUCUGAUCCCCCACCGAAAACUAAUGUGAAACCAGGCGGUAAUAGCGCUUAUGCAAGUAAAAAGGGUACAGCGCAUGUUAUGCUGGCUCGUCCACGUGUAACUACUGACGAAGAAUUGGCUGCUGCUCGAGAACGUUAUUUAGCAAGAAAAGCGGCUGGAAUACACGCAGAUAUUGUUGAAUCAGAUUAAGUGCGUGUUUGUGUGUGUGUGUAUAGUCUGUACAGCCGACGAUAGGCAUUUCUUCCACUUGUGUAUGUAUGUAUGUAUAUAUGUAUUUAUAUUUUUAUCUUUUUUAACUUUUACUCUGAAAUAUAUUCAUCAGAUAUUGCAAUGGAGUUAAAUGAUUCUUUCAUUUUGUA